AUGGUGGCCCCGCCGUACCGCUCGCUGGGCGGCCGCCUGAGCCCGGCGGCGUUUCCGCGGGCGCCGGCCCGGGUGCUGGCCCUGCUGGCCGGGCUGUUUCUGAGCGGCUUGACGGGCGCGAUCUCGGCCCCGAGGGAACACUGGGGACCCUACGGGCCGGUGCCCCCUGCCUCCCGCAGCCGCUCGGUGGUCCUGGACGCCAGGACGGGCCAGCUGCAGCUGGUGGAUGGCCGCCAGCCCGGCUUCGUGGCCUGGGCCAAUCUCACCAACGCCAUUCAUGAGACAGGGUGGGCCUUUCUGGAGCUGCACACCAGCAGCCACUAUAAUGACAGCCUGCAGGCCUAUGCGGCGGGCGUGGUGGAGGCCGCCGUGUCUGAGGAGCUCAUCUACAUGCACUGGAUGAACACGGUGGUGAAUUACUGCGGCCCCUUCGAGUAUGAGGUCGGCUACUGCGAGCGGCUCAAGAGCUUCCUGGAAGCCAACCUGGAGUGGAUGCAGAGGCAGGUGGAGCUGAACAAAGACUCCGCCUACUGGCACCAGGUGCGGCUGACCCUCCUGCAGCUGAAAGGCCUGGAGGACAGCUAUGAAGGCAGCAUGGCCUUCCCGACAGGAAACUUCACCAUCAAACCCUUGGGCUUCCUCCUGUUGCAGAUCGCCGGGGACCUGGAGGACCUGGAGCCGGCCCUGAACAAGACCAAGACCAGGCACACCGUGGGCUCCGGCUCCUGCUCCGCCCUCAUCAAGCUGCUGCCUGACCACAGCGACCUCCUGGUCGCCCACAACACCUGGAACGCCUACCAGAACAUGCUGCGCAUCAUCAAGCAGUACUGGUUCCAGUUCCAGGAAGGCCCCCGAGCGAAUGCUCCCCUGGCCCCUGGCAACAAGCUGAUCUUCUCGUCCUACCCCGGCACCAUCUUCUCCGGCGACGACUUCUACAUCCUGAACAGCGGGCUGGUGACGCUGGAGACCACCAUCGGCAACCAGAACCCGGCGCUGUGGAAGCACGUGCAGCCGCGGGGCUGCGUGCUGGAGUGGGUGCGCAGCGUCGUGGCCAACCGCCUGGCCCUGGACGGGGACACCUGGGCGGAGACCUUCAAGAGGUUCAACAGCGGCACGUACAACAACCAGUGGAUGGUCGUGGACUACAAGGCGUUCGUGCCGGGUGGGCCCAGCCCCGGGAGCCGGGUGCUCACCGUCCUGGAGCAGAUCCCGGGCAUGGUGGUGGUGGCCGACAAGACCGCUGAGCUCUACGAGAAGACCUACUGGGCCAGCUACAACAUCCCGUCCUUUGAGUCCGUGUUCAACGCCAGCGGGCUGCCGGGCCUGGUGGCCCAGUACGGGGACUGGUUCUCCUACGACAGGAGCCCUCGGGCCCAGAUCUUCCGGCGGGACCAGUCGCUGGUGCACGACGUGGACUCCAUGAUCCGGCUGAUCAGGUACAAUGACUUCCUGCACGACCCCCUGUCACUGUGCAAGGCCUGCAGGCCGCAGCCCAACGGGGAGAACGCCAUCUCGGCGCGCUCCGACCUCAACCCAGCCAACGGCUCUUACCCGUUCCAGGCGCUGCAGCAGCGCUCUCACGGGGGCAUCGAUGCCAAGGUGACCAGCGUGACCCUGGCCAAGGCCCUGGGCCUGGUGGCCGUCGGCGGCCCCACGUGGGACCAGGUGCCCCCCUUCCAGUGGAGCACCUCGCCCUUCGGCGGCCUGCUGCACAUGGGCCAGCCCGACCUCUGGAAGUUCUCGCCCGUCAAGGUCUCCUGGGACUGA